UGUCAGUUGCUUCAUGGAGUUUGAAAGAGCAGAAUCUCCAGUCAGGAGGAAAAUAAUAUACAUUAUCACUCUGUAAUGUUUACAUAUGAUGAAGACAAAUAUGACGACCGCAAUGCUUCUGGUAGUCCUAUGUUGUUUCCAUGUUGCUUCAGGAGUGAUCCACACUCAUCAGUAUUUCUAUACUUGCACAUCUGGCAUCCCAAACCUCCCAGAGUUUGUAGCUGUUGGUGUUGUGGAUGGCCAACAGUUUGUCCAAUAUGACAGCUUCACCAAGAGAAUGGUCCCAAAAGAGUGGAUGGCUAAUAAAAAUGACUCUGAUUACUGGAACGGUGAAACCGGAAGUGCAGCUCAAGAGGAGGCUCAAUUUAAACUCGACAUUCGUGAUCUAACAUCUCGCUUCAACCAGACUGAAGGUGUGCACACAUGGCAGGAGAUGCAUGGCUGUACGUGGGAUGAUGAGAGUAAUGCUGUCAAAACAUUUGAUAGGUAUGGUUAUGAUGGAGAAGACUUUAUCUCACUGGAUCUGAAGAACCUGAGAUACAUCGCAUCAAAUCAACGGGCUGUCCUAACAAAAAAUAACUGGGACAAUGGCAGGACUGAUCUUGACAGCUGGAAGUAUUACUACUCCGAGUACUGCGUUGAGUGUAUGAAGAAGUAUUUGCAGUAUGGGAACAGCACUCUGGGGAGAACAGUCUCCCCUGAGGUCACCCUCUUCCAAAAGGACUCGGGAGUGGUGUGCCAUUCCACAGGUUUCUAUCCUGACGGAGUGGUGAUCACCUGGAAGAGGGAUGGAGUGGACAUGCAUAAAGACGUUAAUAUGGGGGAGACGCUGCCCAAUGAGGAUGGAACCUUCCAGAAGAGAGCUGAGCUUACAGUGUCACCUGAGGAGAGGAAGAAGGGACAGUUCACCUGUGAGGUGGAACACAAGAGCGGAAAGCCCAUUGUUAAGACCUUGAUUGUGGAAGAUGACAAUAACCUUGUUGGCAUCAUCAUUGGCUGUGUCAUCACUGCUCUUGUCAUGAUUGGUGUGGUUGUUGCCAUUGUCAUAAUGAAGAAGAAAGGUGAGAGUAACAUCUUUCAUGCCAUUUCAGUGUUUCUGAUUUCAGCCUUGAUGAUGCAUCAGCAUAAUAAACAUUCUCUUGUAUCUUUACAGGCUACAACAAGGCAUCACGUGAGUACCUCUUGCAGCUAUAAGCCUGACAUGAUAGAGUGAA